UCUCUCAUUUCCACAUAAAGAAAGACAGAAUAAUAGACUUUCUUGAUUUUCUCUGUGUUAACUUAGUGUUAAAAUGGGAAGGUCCAAGUGCUGUGAUAAACAAGGUUUGAAGAAAGGGCCAUGGACACCAGAAGAAGACCGAAAACUCUUAUCUUGCAUUGAGGAACAUGGUUGUGGUAGCUGGCGUGCUUUGCCUGCUAAAGCUGAUCUGCAGAGGUGUGGGAAGAGUUGUAGGCUUAGAUGGAUCAAUUAUCUAAGGCCAGAUAUCAAGAGAGGAAAGUUCAGUUUACAAGAAGAAAGAACUAUAAUUCAGCUUCAUGCUCUUCUUGGAAACAGAUGGUCAGCAAUAGCAGCUUAUUUGCCUAGCAGAACAGACAACGAGAUAAAAAACUAUUGGAACUCACGUUUGAAAAAGAGAUUAACAAAAAUGGGCAUUGAUCCAAUGACUCACAAGCCAAAAAUCACAAACAACAUUAAUGGUAGCUCAAAUGAUCAAUCUAAGUAUGUUGCAAACCUUAGUCAUAUGGCUGAAUGGGAAAGUGCAAGACUUGAAGCAGAAGCAAGACUUGUUCGUAGAUCAAAAGAUCACUCUAAAUACCUCUUCAAUAACACUCGCAACAACAAUAACAAAAACAAUAAUUACGUCGUUUCGCAACCUUAUUAUCAACUUCCUUGUCUUGACAUAUUAAAAGCAUGGCAAAGAGCAAGCACAAAAUUACCAACAACAAAUGACAUUAGUUCUAUUCUUCUUGAUGGUUUUGCUAACAAAAACCUCGAAUCAUCGAUACCAUCAACGUUAAAUUCCUCGGAGAAUUUGUUCGUGAACAAUGUACCAUGUAUUACAAAAGUUGGUGACCAAAAUCUUCCUUUGUCUACAAUCACUUGUUUGGAAAAUCCUUGCCCAACAAAAGAUGUCCAAACAGACCUUCCAAGUUUUAUGCAAGAGUUCUCAGAGCUAUUUGAUCCUGAAUAUACACAAAAUUCAGCAAAUAAUUUUACUGGAAUACAAGUGGAUAAUUUUAUGGGAAGCUGCUCAGGGGAUUUUGAAGAUAACAAGUUUAAUUGGAACAACUUUCCUUAUUUGGUCACUUCACCAAUUGGUUCUCCAGUAUUCUGAAGAGUUCAUAUGUUGUUACGUUCUACUAAAGAGAUAUCAGGGUGAGUUGCUAAAAUAAACGGGAUAGGAGGAUCAACAUGUUCAGAUAAUUCCGAAGAAAGAUUGUCGGCUGAUAUUUUUCUAUUGCUUUAAGUUUAGCUGAGUUUUUUUUAGUGAUUAUUAUGAUAACAGUUUAGAUAUGUAUUUGUAUUCAAGAUUUGUAUCGCUAGUUCCUUAUUAACGUGAAGUUUAAUUUAUGAAAUGAUUGAUUAAAACCA